AUGGGGAAGGGUUGCAAACAGCGCAUUUGGCGCUACCUCGACAAGGGCGAUGCAAAGUUGACGAGCAACAUGGCCAAGCACGCCAAGAGCUGCUGGGGGCCAGAGGCAUAUGAUGCUGCACAAGAGACUAAAUCAGCAGCAGCAGCAUGUGAAGGCGUCAUCAAAAACUUACUGAAAUCCGGCACUAUCACGUCCUCUUUCGAAAGAACAUCUAAGGGUAAAGUGACCUAUUCACAUAGGCAACACACAAAGACUGAAACCAACAACCGAGGAUUUCAGUCGUUGAUGAAGAUGGGGCGUCCUGAAUACUACCUACCUUCACCUUCCACGGUGUCACGCGAUGUGAAACUUGUAUUCGCGAAUGUUCGACAACGGAUCACACGAAUGCUGCAGGAAUAUGAUGGUGAACUCAACUUCACGACAGAUGCAUGGACCUCACCUAAUCAUAAGGCCUUUGUGGCGGUCUCUGUGCACCUUGAACACCAGGGCAAACCUCUGGCCAUGGUUCUUGAUGUUGUUGAAGUUGCACAGGUGGGUGUGCUCGAUUAG